AUGGCAUCCUAUCAUAACAAAAAUAUGCAGCACCAUUCAAAUGAAUUACUGAAUUAUUAUUUAACAAUGAAUAUUAAUAAUAUUUGUCGAAUAUGUUUGGAAAGAGGUCCUAAACUGAUGCCUAUAUUUGAUCCAAUCAAGCCGCCUCAUUUUUCAAUUCUAAUAAUGGCUUGUGCAGCUGUCCAGGUUCUCCAAGGCGAUGGAUUGCCCCCCUAUAUAUGCCAAAAAUGUAUAUCAAAAUUAAACAUUGCAUUUCAAUUCAAAACACAAUGCGAGUCCUCUGAUGCAAAAUUAAGACAAUGUUUUGAACAUUUUAACCUGCCUUCUACUCCUGAUCUUUCUGGAUUCAUUGAAUUAAAAAAGGAUAAUUCAAAUAAUCAAAACACUUAUAGAGAAAACAAUGAUGAUGGACCAUUGUCUAGUGUUGAAACAUCACAAUCUUUACAUGGAGAAAUACACAGUAAUGAUAUUGAAUCAGCUGAUUCUCAAAUUUUACAGACUGUUGAAAUGGAUAGUAGUACGGAGCAGUCAUUAUAUGAUAUUGAUCAAAAUAAUUUAUUAGAAAUCAAACCAGAUUUUUCAGAAAAUAAAACUGAAGAACGAAAAAUAGUCAUUAAAGUUCUCACAAAGAUGAAAGGUAUGAAGAAGGCCAAACAUCACCAAUGUAACACUUGCGGUAAGGUAUUUAGAACAAAACCAGGAUUAGUUCAUCAUAUUAGGAUUCACACAGGAGAACGUCCAUAUAUUUGUCAUCUUUGUGAAAAGAGGUUUAUCAAUGGUGGUCAUCUUCAUACUCAUAUGAGGACACAUACAGGCGAAAAGAAUCAUGUUUGUGCUGCUUGUAGUAAAGCUUUUGCUACUGCUCAGCAAUUAACAAAGCAUACUAUAGCAAUUCACACAUCUGAAAGGCCUUAUGGAUGUACUUAUUGUCCUAAAAGAUUUGCAAGUUCAAGUAAUCUGAACACUCAUACAAAAAUACAUACUGGAGAGAAGAAUUACCAUUGUGAUCAGUGUGGGAAAGCAUUUUCCACAAAAGGACAACUCUACCAACAUAUGCUAGUACAUACAGGAGAGAAAGCUUACUUAUGUGAAAUAUGCAAUAAAAGGUUUUCACAAAAAGCACACCUGGUUAGACAUUUAAAGACACAUAGGGUAUAA